GGAUUGCCAGUCUCUACGACGCAACGACGGACCUCGCCGCACUGACCUUUAUUAUUCUUCUCUGUACUGGUGUCUGAUUUGGACAUCCGCAAUUUCAAGUCGGAAUCGCACUCAAGGCCCGAGUUUUAAAGUAACCAUGUCGGGUACAGAUGCAGUUUCUGCCGACGAACCAGACCCUGAUGAGAAAUUCACAUUUAUGGCCACUGUAAGCAAGACACCUAAGAAGCAGAUCCAAUUUGCAGAUGAUAUGCAGGAGUUUAGCAAGUUUCCCACCAAAACCGGGCGUAGGUCUCUAUCACGCUCUAUUUCACAAUCAUCAACUGACAGCUACAGCUCAGUGGCUUCUUAUACAGACAGUUCGGAUGAUGAGAUUUCUCCAAGAGACAAACAACAAACUACCUCUAAAGGCAGCACAGACUUCUGUGUCAAGAACAUUAAGCAGGCUGAGUUUGGCCGAAGGGAGAUUGAGAUUGCAGAACAAGAAAUGACAGCUCUGAUUUCCCUGAGGAAGCGAGCACAUGGGGAGAAACCUCUAUCAGGAGCGAAGAUAGUGGGUUGCACGCACAUUACAGCACAGACCGGGGUUCUGAUUGAGACACUCUGUGCACUUGGUGCACAGUGCCGCUGGUGUGCUUGUAACAUCUACUCAACGCAGAAUGAGGUGGCUGCUGCAUUGGCGGAGUCUGGUGUUGCCGUCUUUUCCUGGAAAGGAGAGUCAGAAGAUGAUUUCUGGUGGUGUAUCGACCGCUGUGUGAAUGCCAGUAGUGGAUGGCAGGCAAAUAUGAUCCUAGAUGAUGGAGGGGACUUAACUCAUUGGGUCUAUAAGAAGUAUCCACAUGUUUACAAAAACAUCCGUGGAGUUGUAGAGGAAAGUGUGACUGGAGUCCACAGACUUUAUCAACUAUCCAAGGCCGGCAAGCUGUGUGUUCCUGCCAUGAAUGUGAAUGAUUCCGUCACCAAACAGAAAUUUGAUAAUCUGUACUGCUGUCGGGAAUCCAUAUUAGAUGGGCUUAAGAGAAGCACAGAUGUUAUGUUUGGCGGCAAGCAGGUUGUGGUGUGUGGCUAUGGAGAAGUUGGAAAGGGAUGCUGUGCUGCUCUGAGGGCCCUGGGUGCUGUUGUCCAUGUAACAGAGAUUGAUCCAAUCUGUGCCCUUCAAGCUUGCAUGGAGGGUUUUCGUGUGGUGAAACUUAAUGAAGUCAUACGGCAGAUGGAUGUGGUCAUCACAUGCACAGGUAAUAAAAAUGUGGUGACACGUGAGCAUCUGGACCGCAUGAAAAAUGGGUGUAUUGUGUGUAACAUGGGGCACUCAAACACAGAGAUUGAUGUGACUAGCUUGCGCACCCCAGAGCUCACCUGGGAACGUAUCAGAUCUCAAGUGGACCAUGUAAUCUGGCCAGAUGGUAAAAGAGUUGUCUUGCUGGCUGAGGGUCGACUCCUCAACUUGAGCUGCUCAACCAUUCCUACCUUUGUUCUCUCCAUUACAGCAACCACGGAGGCACUGGCUCUAAUUGAGCUUUAUAAUGCUCCUGAGGGGAGAUACAAACAGGAUGUGUACCUGUUACCCAAAAAGAUGGAUGAGUAUGUUGCCAGCCUGCACCUGCCUUCCUUUGAUGCACACUUAACGGAGCUAAGCGAUGAUCAAGCUAAGUACUUGGGUCUCAAUAAAAAUGGACCUUUUAAACCCAAUUACUACAGAUACUGAUGCUUUGAUCCAGAAACUCAUACUGUGAUUUCUCAAGACAGCUUUAGAUACAAAAGUCUUGCCAUUGUAUGUUUGUUUUUAAAUUGAUGUUUUUAAUUGUUUCUGUUUGCAUGUUUUCUUC